UAUUGAAAAGUUCAAUAUGAAAGACUGUAAACCAGUGAAGACUCCCAUAGAAUUGAACAUUAAGUUAACGAAACCAACAAAAAUUGAUGAAGGUGUUAUGAAGAUGUAUCCCUAUCAAAGCUUGAUAGGAGCAUUAAUGUACUUAGCUGUUACAACUCGACCUGAUAUUGCGUUUGCUGUAAACUUUCUUAGCCAGUUCAAUUCAAAUUAUAACGUGGAACAUUGGAAAGCAGCAAAACGAAUUCUAAGAUACCUUAAAGGUACAAGCAACUAUGGUCUAUUGUAUGAGAAAGACAAUGAAGAAUUGUAUGGUUUGGUUGACGCUGAUUGGGGCGCUGACUUAAACGAUAGACGUUCAUAUUCAGGGUAUGCGUUCAUUAUAUCAGGAGCAGCGAUAUGUUGGGAAGCUCGAAAGCAACGUACAGUAGCGCUUUCAAGCACUGAAUCAGAAUAUAUGGCCAUAUCUGAGGCCACAAAAGAAGUGUUAUAUCUAAAGGCAAUCCUUGAUGAUGUUGGCAUUACAACUUCAGGUAUCAUCCACGGACAAAGCACAUUGAUAUUCGUUAUCACUUUAUUCGCAGCAAGGUUAACGACGGCACUGUUAAAAUCAAAUAUAUGCCAACAGAAGAAAUGCCCGCAGACGUCCUUACCAAAGGACUCACUACAGAAAAGCAUGUUAAUUGCUUACGGAAAUUAGGAAUGAAAUAUUAAAGUCAUAUUUUAUACAUAAUAAAAGCACUUUAAGAGGGGGUGUUGUUAU